AAAGUGUUUCUAGUCAUAAAACCAAAACACUUAUGCGCCUUUUAAAAUAAAAGUGUAUCUACCACGCACUGCGCACGGUCAUAAUCCAGGGGUGUCACGCGGCGGGCCAUGUGAACUCGUCACACGUGACCUAUCAUCGACGCCUCCGUUCAACAUGGCGUCGGCUGCGUCUGUUUUCCACAGGGUGAGAGCUGGAUCAAAACUUGGUGCUCAGUACGACCAGGAAGGAAACCUCAUUCAGGUGGAAACCAGAGAAGAUGAAGAACAGACCGUGAAGCUGUCCGAGAUCCUCGAGCUUCUGUUGGCUGCGGGAUACUUCCGGGCUCGGAUCAAAGGCCUGUCUCCGUUUGAUAAGGUGGUGGGUGGAAUGACCUGGUGCAUCACCACAUGUAACUUUGACAUUGAUGUGGAUCUUCUCUUUCAAGAAAACUCCACAAUUGGCCAAAAAAUAGCCCUGACGGAGAAAAUAGUUUCUGUUCUACCAAAGAUGAAGUGUCCUCAUCGUCUUGAACCCCAUCAGAUCCAGGGGCUGGAUUUUAUCCACAUCUUCCCAGUGAUCCAGUGGCUGGUGAAACGAGCCAUAGAGACGAGAGAGGAGAUGGGAGAUUACGUCAGAUCUUAUUCUGUUUCUCAGUUCCAGAAGAACCACAGCCUCCCCGAGGAUGAAGAGUUUUUCCAGAGGAAGGACAAAGCAGCGGGAGCUGUUCUGGAUGUGCAGGACGUGUACAAGCCUCAGAGGAAGUACAGGAGGCAGAGAGACGCGGAGCAGCUGCAGGAUGAAGAGUCCAGAGUUCACUCCACGUUGCUCGAGUACGGCAGAAUGUGCAAUGUCCUCCUGCGUUAUGGAUUCAGUAAGCAGUCUAAGCAGGACAAGACAGAUGAUGGUAAGACUUCACUGUCAGGUUCUCAGGUGGUUCCUCCUGGGAUGGCAGAGGUGUUGGAAGAGGACAACCUGCAGGCAGCAGAGGAGAUACGAAUCAAAACUCUGAUGACCAACAUGGCUGCCAUGGCAAUUGAAGAGGGGAAGCUUACUGCAAGUGCCGUGGGUCAUAUAGUUGGACUGCAGUCUGAGGAGAUCAAACAAAUUGCCUCUGAGUAUGCUGAGAAGCAGUCAGAGCUGUCCCUGGAGGAGCGGUCUGAGCGCUACGGUCCUCUUCAGCAGCACCGCAGGACUGUCACCUCGCUCAACAAACACCUGCAGCAGAAGACCAAGCAGCUGGAAGAGUGCCGCGCCAAGCAUGAUGAGGUGAAGAUGGGCUGUGAGGAGGCCAAGAGGAAGCUGAUGAAGGCUACAGAGCAGUCGGAGAAGCUGCACCAAGAGCUGAACUCUUUAGAGGAGAUGGAGCAGCAGGUGGACAGUGGUCUGCUGGAGAAGCUCCGCUCUCUAGUGACCAUGAAUGAGAACCUGAAGCAGCAGGAGCAGGAGUUUCGCACACAUUGUAGAGAGGAACUGUCUCGUCUACAGCAGAACAUAGAGGAGUUAAAGUCCACAUCAGGACAGGGCACUCAGGACGAGAGGGAGAGGAGCCAGCUGAUCGAGGAGCAGUGUAACUCGGACAGGGAGAAGCUGCAGAAGAUCCGUCUUCUCAUGGCUCGAAGAAACCGUGAGAUCGCCAUUCUACAGAGAAAAAUAGACGAGGUGCCGAGUCGGGCUGAGUUGACUCAGUACCAGAAGAGAUUCAUUGAACUCUACAGCCAAGUGUCCGCUACACACAAAGAGACCAAGCAGUUCUUCACUCUGUACAACACGCUGGAUGAUAAGAAGGUUUACCUUGAGAAGGAGGUGACUCUGCUGAAUUCUAUCCAUGACAACUUCCAACAAGCCAUGUCGUCUGCUGCAGCCAAGGAGCAGUUCCUCAGACAGAUGGAGCAAAUCGUGGAGGGAAUCAAACAGAGUCGCAUCAAGAUGGAGAAGAAGAAGCAGGAGAAUAAAAUGAGAAGAGAUCAGCUGAACGAUGAAUACCUGGAGCUGCUCGACGAGCGGAGACUCUACUUCAAAACCGUCAAAGACUUUAAGGAGGAGUGUCGGAGGAAUGAGAUGCUGCUGUCCAAGCUGAGGGCUAAAGGAGCCUCGUAGCACUGAAGGGUUCUGGGACGUUCUACUGGGUUCUCCUAGACUAAGAGGAUCAGCCGCUGAACAUAGAAAAGCUUGAAAGUCACAGAACUGGGUUUCUACAUGGAAACGUUUGUGUUUUCCCUCCAGUUGGUCUAAAAGACACAAAGAUGAAAUCCAACCCCUGAUCGGUGCAUCGGCGCCCUUCACCCAUCUGAGUGGGCUUAAUAGUGUCUGGUUGUAUUUGAUUGUCUUCUGCAUGAGCCUCUUAAAGAACCGCAUGAAGCCACUCCUCCUGAAUAAAUGCUUCUGUGAUCACCUGA